AUGUCGAGUAUUUUAGCACGAACAUUAAUCAAACGAAGCUUGAUCUUACAAUGUCGAGGAAUAGCAUUAUCGUCGUUGAAAGGUAGUGCUAAACCCGAAGGAGCUGCCCAACCGAGUAAACAAACGGCUUUAUAUAAUUUUCAUGUGAAUAAUUCUGGACGCAUGGUUAGCUUUUGUGGUUGGACAUUGCCUGUUCAAUAUUCCGCAUCUGUUAUUCAAUCUCACUUAUAUACACGCUCACAUGCUUCAAUAUUUGAUGUCUCUCAUAUGUUACAAGUAAAAAUAAAAGGUGCUGAUCGGGUUCGGUUUUUUGAGAAAUUAGUUGUUUGUGAUCUUGAAAAUUUACCUGAAAAUUGCGCAAGUUUAACUUUGUAUACAAGUGAAAAGGGUGGCAUUCUUGAUGAUUUGAUUGUUACGAAAACCAAUGACGGUUAUUUAUUUGUCGUAUCAAAUGCUGGCCGAGCAACAGAAGAUCUUGCUCAUUUACAUACUCAACUUGCAAAAGCCAAACGACAAGGUUUGGAUGUUGACAUUGAAGUACUUAGUGAUCAAGCAUUACUUGCCUUACAAGGCCCACGUUCAGCUGAAAUACUUCAACCCUAUCUUGGAUCAUCAGUAGAUCUCUCAAAAGUUUAUUUCAUGCAAAGUCGAUUAACCAAGUUUAAUAAUGAUCCGUCGAUUCCAUGUCGAAUUAAUCGUUCUGGUUAUACGGGUGAAGAUGGUUUUGAAAUUAGUAUUUCCAAUAGUAAUGUUGAACGUGUUCUCAAUGCUUUAUUAUCCUCGGGUGUUGCUCAAAUGGCAGGUCUCGGUCCACGAGAUUCUCUUCGUCUUGAAGCCGGUCUUUGUCUGUAUGGUAAUGAUAUUGAUGAGCAAACAACACCUGUCGAAGCUGAUUUAACAUGGACUAUUGCAAAACGACGAAGACAACUCGCUGAUUUUCCAGGUGCUAAAGUUAUUUUGGAUCAAAUCGAAAAAGGCCCACCACGAAAACGUGUUGGUAUAAAAUCAACUGGCUCAUGUCCAAGAAGUGGAGCGGAAAUUCGAAGUGGUCGCGAUGAAAAAAGUCGAAUUAUUGGCAAGGUAACAAGUGGUUGUCCAGCACCGUCACUUAAACUUCUCAAUGUUGGUAUGGCUUAUGUUGAAACUCCAUUAUCAAAAAUUGGCAAUAAAGUCAAUAUUAAUAUUCGUAAUCGAAUUAUUGAAGCUGAAAUUGUUAAAAUGCCAUUUGUGCCAGCACAAUAUUAUAAACCUCAAGCAAGCAAAAAGAAGCAAUAG